CACCCACCACAGCUACCACCUUUUCACUUCUCAAGGAUCAUUCUUCAUUCCUCACUGCUUUGUUCCUGCCCACUGCGCCGCUCAACAUACCAUACAUCAGCGUAACCCAGUCAACAGCCCCAUCUAACCGGCCCAUGGCUGAUAUCAUCUCGAGCACAUCUGCCGCACCUGCGCAAUUUGCACCACAUUUCAUCAACACAACUUCAACUAUCGACAACACCGCCACAAGUAUACAACUAGACAAGCGCAGCAAGAACAGCCAAGUCAACCGGCACAGCGAGCAUGACAACCUUGCAAGUGGUAUCAAGGGACAGUCUUAUUCGAGAAGACUACAGUUAAACCCUGCAGCCCAGGGCUUUGUCCCCCAGUCAAAAUCUGCAGAUAAUCUAGAUCUGCACAGCAACAGAAGCAAGGGCGCGCGCUCUCGACAUAACAGUACAAAUGCAUGCAAACCGUCCGCACGCAUCGAUGACGACCAAGGCGACGUCAAAAUCAUCAUCUGUAACCCUCUAGCUCACGCGAACGUGAAAACGACCGGAAUGGCAAAAGCGUCGAUCGCUCAUGGCAUCCUUCAGAGUCGAAACGACGAUUGAAGCUCUUACGAUCGGUGAAUGACCGCCCCCAGACGCAAGGAGACGGAUCUGGUCCAUCGCACCCUCGCAGCUCUCACAACGCCACCGAAAACGUCAAUACUGGAAGCAGCAACAGGAAACUGCGGG